AUGAAACGAAGAGAACGUAGGUGGAUGUAUGAAAGGAUGGUUGGGCAAAGUAUUAAUCCAAAGUUCGUGAAAGGGGUUGAUGAAUUCAUUCAGUACGUCGCAGAUCAUCCUGAGAGUAGUAACCCAAAUGAAGUUAGGUGUCCAUGUGUUAAAUGUAAGAAUAAACGCCUUUGGGAUGCGGAUACGGUUAAAAUUCAUCUCUAUCGCAAGGGUUUCACACCUAACUACUAUGAGUGGCUGUGUCACAGGGAAGGGUAUCCGGGAGUUCCUGAACGGCGGUCCAAUGAAUAUCUUGACAUGGUUUUGGAUGCUUUUGGUAAUAGUCAAGAUCAGGGGCACUCCGAGGAGGCUAGUGUUCCAUCAGAGGAGGAGCCUUAUGCAAUUGCUAAGCAUUUUUUGGAUUUGUUGAAGGCUUCUGAAAGAUGUGUUGAUGGGUUUGCUUCUUUGCUAAGUGAGGUGAUUCCGAACAACAGCCAUAUGGACGACACUUUCUAUGAGGUGAAGAAGAUUGUGAAGGGGUUGGAACUGUCCCAUCAAAAGAUUCAUGCAUGCCCGAAAGGGUGUAUGGUGUUUUGGAAGGAUGAUGCUCAGUUGUCUGUAUGCAGGGUGUGGGUGCAGCGACCGAUACAAGAAGACUUCCAAAGGUUGCAAAGACUGUUUGCAACGAAGAACAUUUCGGAGGAAAUGACAUGGCAUUCGAAAAAUCCCCGAGUUCAAGGCACAAUGGCACACCCUAGUGACAGUGCAGCUUGGAAACACCUCGAUUGUCAGUUUCCAAAGUUUGCUUCCGAGCGUCGUGAUGUGAGACUUGGCUUGUGUGCAGAUGGUUAUGCUCCUCAUGAGGAGUUGAAACUGUUGUGGGAAGUUGGCGCGGCAACUUAUGAUAUUUCGAAGAAACAGAAUUUAAUUCUUCGAGCAGCCAUCCUAUGGACCAUUAAUGACUUCCCGGCUUAUGGCAUGUUGUCUGGUUGGGCCACAGCUGGUAAGAAAGCUUGUCCACAUUGCAUGGAAAAGAGAAAAGAAUUUUGGCUCGAACAUGGUGGUAAAGUUUCUUGGUUUGAUUUCCACUGGCAAUUCUUUCCGACAGAUCACCCUUUUCGAAACAGUAAAACUGCAUUCUGUAAAAACAAAGUAGAGAAAGGUGCCCCUCCACACAUCAUGUCAGGAGAGGAGCUGUGGGAAUGUGUGAAGGACCUCCCGAAGGCUACAGAUGAACUAGAUUCAAUUAAAAGGUUGAAAAAUGAAAAGAAGGGGUGGUUCAAGCAAAGCACCUUGUGGGAGCUCCCAUAUUGGAAGCAUCUCCUCAUUCGUCACAACUUAGAUGUCAUGCACAUUGAGAAGAACUUCUUCGAUCUGUUAAUUCACACUGUAAUUGAUGUGAAAAAACAUACAUGUGACACGCCAUCUGCUCGGAAUGACAUUGCCAGAUAUUGUAAACGUCCCCAGCUUCCUCUUCAAGAGGAUGAUAGAGGUAAAGAGGUCAUGCCAAAAGCUCUAUUCGCUCUUGACAAGGCUUAG